CGGGACACACGCACGCACACUUUCCCUUAGCUGUGCUUUUGUGUUUUGUCAGAAUUAAUGAGAAAAGUUCCCUUGCCCUAGGGGUAAUUAGUGUCCUUGGAGUUAAAUAAGCUAAUACUUAGACACCUCUGGCACAAGCAAUUAUGUUUGUGUAUUGAAUAAUUGAUUCAAAGAGGGGGGAAGGGCUGCUAAUCAGAUCUGAGCAUAAUGAAUUGAUUUAAUUAACAGGGGAAUCUGAGGGUCUCUGGGAACUGCGCGCACUUUAUUCGUAGCAGGAGCGGGCGCAGCACAUAAAUUGGAGAGAAAGGCAGUCUUGCUGAACACAUAAGGACGAUUCGGUCGCUGUUUCAAAGCUAAUUUCUAAGAGAAGCCUUGCGCACACCGACUGGUGAAGACUGCUGGAGCCGAGAACGGAUCGUCUGGACCCGGACUCCUCGUUCCUCAGGACGAUGGUGUUGGACAAGGAAGAGAGUGUGCCGAUGCUCUCCGUCCAGCCCAAAGGGAAACAGAAGGGGUGCGCUGGCUGCAAUCGCAAGAUUAAAGACCGCUACCUGCUCAAGGCCCUGGACAAGUACUGGCACGAGGACUGUCUGAAAUGUGCCUGCUGCGACUGUCGCCUGGGGGAGGUGGGCUCCACCCUCUACACGAAAGCCAACCUCAUCCUCUGUCGCAGGGACUACCUGAGGCUCUUUGGUACAACAGGGAACUGCGCUGCCUGCAGUAAACUGAUCCCAGCCUUUGAAAUGGUGAUGAGAGCCAGAGAUAAUGUUUACCAUUUGGACUGUUUUGCCUGUCAGCUUUGUAACCAGAGGUUUUGUGUGGGGGACAAGUUUUUCCUUAAGAACAACAUGAUUCUGUGUCAGAUGGACUAUGAGGAGGGUCAGCUGAAUGGCAGCUUUGAGACGCAGGUUCAAUAGCCGGGCCUAGUGGCAGCGACCAGGACCCUCGGCCCGCCGUACUUACACAUGAUGCCAUGGAUGUUCUGCUGCACUUGGGAAGAGGAGCGUCUGUCUGCUUGCCUGCAAUACUUUUUAAAUAGCCCUUUAUCAGUCCAUAAGGACUCUAUUGUAAAUGUACUACUUUUUGCCCCUCCCUUUCCCAUCCUUGCCCCUCCCCUUCCCACCCCAACACUGAGCAGUUACAAGUUUUGAUGUACAGUUGUGCCUGCUUAGCUGAGCACUGUAUUGCUUGUAUGUUUUUGUGACGUUUGUUUUGGGUUUGUUUAUUCUUUUCCCCUUUCGGGAACGUUUCCUUGGAGGGUAUGUACAGUCUGUUUUCUCUGUAUAUAUAAACUGGAACAUUUAUUUUAUGAAAUGUAAUGCAAUUUUAUUACUAGUGUGAAUUAAAGAUUCUUAAAUGUU